AUGGCCAGCAUGACUGACCGGUUGGACUUCUUCUCGCGGAGGUGCGCGUGGGUGAAUGGCCCCAUCAUCGUUGGAGCAGGGCCGUCCGGACUGGCGGUCGCGGCGUGCCUGAAGGAGCACGGCGUGCCCUCGGUCAUCCUCGAGCGCGCCGACUGCAUUGCCUCCCUCUGGCAGAAGCGCACCUACGACCGCUUGAAGCUUCACCUCCCCAAGCAAUUCUGUCAGCUGCCUAAGUUCCCCUUCCCCGAGGAUUACCCUGAGUAUCCCACCAAGAAGCAAUUCGUCGACUACUUGGAGUCGUACGCCAAGCACUUCGAGAUCAGCCCGCGGUUCAACCAGUCGGUGCAGUCGGCGAGGUACGACGAGACAUGCGGGCUGUGGCGCGUGAGGACCGUUGGAGCUGGCGCCGAGGCAGGUAACCGGAGCCACGAGGUGGAGUACAUUGGCAGGUGGAUAGUGGUGGCCACCGGCGAGAACGCUGAGAAGGUGGUGCCGGAGCUGGAGGGGCUGGAGGGGUUCGGCGGCGACGUGAUCCAUGCUUGCGACUACAAGUCCGGUGAGGCCCACCGCGGGAAGCGCGUGCUGGUGAUCGGAUGCGGCAACUCCGGCAUGGAGCUCUGCCUCGACCUCUGCGACCACGAUGCCUUCCCGGCCAUCGUGGUCCGCGACUCGGUUCACGUACUGCCGAGGGAGGUUCUCGGGAAGUCGACGUUCGAGCUGGCUGUUCUGCUGAUGAAGUGGCUGCCGCUGUGGCUGGUGGACAAGAUCCUGCUGCUGUUGGCAUGGCUGGUGCUGGGGAACGUAGAGAAGUAUGGCUUGAGGAGGCCUUCCACAGGUCCCCUGGAGCUCAAAAACACACAAGGACGAACCCCUGUUCUCGACUCAGGGGCACUCGCCAAGAUAAGAUCCGGCGACAUCAAGGUAGUCCCUGGCAUCAAGAGGUUCUCCCCUGGAAGAGUCGAGCUCGUCGACGGCCAGGCCCUCGACAUCGAUUCCGUCAUCUUGGCCACAGGAUACCGCAGCAACGUCCCUCAGUGGCUUCAGGGAUGUGAUUUCUUCUCCAAGGAUGGGUUUCCGAAGACCCCAUUCCCAGACGGGUGGAAAGGGCAGUCUGGGCUCUACGCGGUUGGCUUCACAAGGAGAGGCCUCGCUGGUGCUUCCUCAGAUGCAGCGAGGACAGCCAAGGACAUCGGUAGGAUGUGGAAGGAGGAAACCAAGCCCGCGAAGCGACCUGUCGCCUGCCACAGGAGAUGCAUCUCACAGAUCUAACGGCAUGUCACGUCGCCGGCUAAUUUCUCUCUUGCCUGUUUCGUGUGAAUGAGAUGGGACUGUCGUAGAGUUAACGUUACGUCGAACAGUUGGAGUGCAUGGAGCCCUCUCUCAAUGGAGCCCAAGUUUUGCAACAGGAAUGGGCCUCCUCUUGUACAGAGAAACGGUUGAUGAUGAUGAGGCUUCUCUCACUUUUGUGAACUUUGUCGACCACUUCAACGCAUUACUUGAAUGGAAACAGCAUCACCACAUUCCUCUCUUUGUAUCUUUGGCAUCUCAAUUGAUCUCCACUGUAUAAACAUCUCUUUUCUCUAGCCAAACUAGAAGAAGAAGAACAAACCUGGUUAUGUUUCAUUG